GGAUCAGCUGGGAAGGAGGCGUGUGCGCCGCUGCCGUGGAAAAGCCGCCCCCGCCGUCGGAGAUCGAAAGGCACAUAGAGGGAGAGAGAGAGAGAGAGAGAGAGAGAGAGAGGCGCAAAGGUGAAAACGUCGGGACGCUUCCCCGCGUCGGGCAAGGCAGAAAAAAAAAAGGCUCAGGCGGCGACCCUGCCGCGUGGGGGGCUGGUGGUGGGGGCGGCCAUUUGAAUGAUUUCAGCAGCUUGGGCUGAGCCGAGCCGGUGCCGGAUGAGCGUUUGCCCGAGUUUCUACUGCGGGGCAGCCUGGUUUUAAAAAAGCUGUUGCCAUGAUCGCCCUCCUCUUGUGGGAUCAUCUCCGGGCGGGCAGCUCCGAACUGGACUGGUGCGAGGAUAACUACACCAUCGUGCCCACCAUCGCCGAGUUUUACAACACGAUAAGCAACGUCUUGUUUUUUGUCCUGCCCCCUAUAUGUAUGUGCUUAUUCCGACAAUAUGCAACCUGCUUCAACAGUGGAAUAUAUUUAAUAUGGACCUUGCUAGUAGUUGUAGGAAUUGGCUCUGUCUACUUCCAUGCUACGCUUAGCUUCCUGGGUCAGAUGCUCGAUGAACUUGCUAUACUUUGGGUUCUGAUGUGUGCUCUGGCUAUGUGGUUCCCCAGAAGGUAUCUACCUAAAAUGUUUAGGAAUGACAGAGGCCGGUUCAAAGCUGCAGUGGGCAUUCUUUCUGGAGUUACUACAUGCCUCGCCUUCGUUAAGCCUGCCAUUAAUAACAUCUCCUUGAUGACAUUAGGACUUCCCUGCAGCGCCCUGCUUAUUGCAGAACUUAAAAGGUGUGACAAUGUCCGAGUGUAUAAAUUGGGACUCUUUUCUGGCUUGUGGUGGAUGUUGGCACUAUUUUGUUGGAUUAGUGACAAAGCAUUUUGCGAGAUUUGGUCAUCUGUUAAUUUUCCUUAUUUACACUGCGUAUGGCACAUCCUCAUCUGUAUUGCAGCUUACCUGGGCUGUGUCUGCUUUGCCUAUUUUGAUGCUGUCUCCGAGAUCCCCGAACAAGGCCCCGUCAUCAAGUUCUGGCCCAGUGAGAAGUGGGCAUUCAUUGGGGUGCCCUACGUCACUCUCCUCUGUGCUCACAAGAAGUCUCCCCUCAAGAUUACUUGAAAGGCAAUGGAAGCGUCCCAUCCUCUUUACCUGCUGUUUCUCCAAAAGGCCUGAAUCUCUAGUGGGAAGAUUGCCCCAUGGGGUCCUUGCGGAAGCAAAUGACACCCAAUGCCGUGGUCAGAGCAGAAUCUCAAAAAAAAGUUUGUUCUGAGUGGCCUAAGAAAUGAAUCCGUACAAAUGAAUCCGGAAAGCAGAAAGCCUGUAUUUCCACAAAUGUAUCUCCUGCCCCCACCCUCAAAAAAAGUAAAGCUGUUUCCCUUCUGCUUUGACUGCCUGUCACACUCUCGGUGGUCAGGGAACUGGGUGACAUCUUACCCUCCACAUUAAGGAAGGACGAAUGGAAAAACGGGUGUCUGUCUCUCUGCGAGUGUGUUGAUGGCUGUAUUCUGUUUGAGAAAUAAUCACCAGAUUUGUGUAUUAAGGAUUUAAUAGAAUUGCUUUGCAGAUGUCCCUCCUGUGCUGCAGGUGUAUAUUUACACAUUAAUUGAGCAAAUGAAAUCUCUUUAAACUCUCUGGUCAGUUUAAGAGGAGAACAGUCCUUGAGAAGCUGUCUCACUUCUUAAUCCAUCAAAAUAUCAUAAACAUACGACAACCCAUCUAUAAUAGUUCACUCUGCGGAGACUUGUUUACUACAGUUCAAAAAAUAAGAUGGAGAAAAGUCAGUGAAGGAAUAAAAAUUGUCUUUGAAAUGACUAGUUGUGAGGCUUUACUUGGUCUCCAGGCAGUUAAGUCAUUUUUCAGCUGAGUUCUUGGAAGGAGAGCAAUUCAACAAUCAUCUACCAGGUUUUUGCAAAAAAACAAAAAGCAGUUUAUCUCUCAAUCUCCAUUUUAAUUCCAUGUUCUCUGCAAGCAAACAAAUGAACUUGGAAAGGUUUGAGUUUAAUUAUCCGUCUGUUUUUUUUUUGUUCUUUUUUUUUGCCUCUUGUUACCAUGACACACUUUUAGGAGUUAGUUACAUAGAGGGCAAUCCAUCCUCAUUAUUCACUUCCAUUUUUAAGCAGAUGUAACUAAAUUUCAAGGGCAGUGAAGAAUCAGUGCUUUGGCUUGUGCAGGUAUUUGAAAGCUGCUUAAAUUGUGCAGUUGGGUGUUCCCUAGAUUCUGAAAUAUUUGAACCUUUGUUAAAAUACAUGUCAGGGAAUCCAUGAAAUCAAAAUUGUGCCUGUGGCUAUGUGAUUAAAAGUUCAGCCCCCUCUUUUUUUUGUGAGGCAGGAGGAAAAAAAGGGGGCUUCAAUUGUAUACACUCACUAUUUUAUUUUAUUUUUGACUCACCCUGUAGAUGAUCCUGCAGUGAGUCCGAUGAAUUUGGAGCUUUUAAUGUCACUUUUUAAAGAACCCUCUCUUUUUUUGUAUUUAAAUAGAUGAGAUGCCCGAUAAAUUAUCAGCCACGGUUUAGUAGAUUGGAUGGAAAAGGAAAAUACAUGCUAAAAAUAGCUUGGUUUGUUUUCAAGCAUACGCAAAAACAAAAACGUUUCUAUCCCUGGAUACAAAGCCAAGAUAUAGUUGUAAAUGGGGGUGGGUGAGGGCACACUUCUUGCAACCAAUGUUUCUCAAUUGCUGAUGCACCAAUCUGGGUAAAUAUCUAUGCUUGAUUGUGGAAUUGAAUUGGGCGCUUUGUUCCUUUCUAUUCCAUUUGGCUGUGACUGCUCAGUUCCUUGAUGCAUUGCCAGAAAUGUUGCAUGUAACAUUAAAUAAAUGGGGCCAAUUUUCCCAUUUGGGAGCCAUUGGCCGUGUGGAACUUUUCCAAAGUGAGUUGAUUGAGACAGCUUUAUCACUGUGGACCGGCCUAGUUCCAUGCCUGUUUGUGAGUGAGUGCCGUAAGGCUCUGUCAGCACGGCCUGGUCCCUCGUUUUAGGACAAGAUAAUUCAGUGCUCCCCCUUUGAGUUACAGUGUUUGGUUCCUGCAGUUGAAGAAUGGAAGACAUCUGUAUUUUUCAAAGCUGGGGCAAUCUACCUUAGUGAAUAUCAAUAGAAGUUUCCCCCUGUGGCUUGAGGCACAUGUUAUUGGCCAACCGGUGGCAAAAUGAGUUGUA